UCUUUGCGUGGAAAUGGAGCGAUCUGGAAAUGGCGCCAGCUCCAGCAGCUCCGGGAAGGAGAUCGCGGAUGCCGCCAGUGAUCAGGGCUCCAUCGAUACGUCGGAAUCGGUGCAGGAGCCCGGAUCCUCAGACGGCGAGGCCAAGCAGGCGAUGGAAAACAAGGAAGACGAGGAGCUAUCGCGAGGCCUGAAUGAGAUUUCCAUUGCCAAGGGUCAGAGUGACGGAAAUCCAAAUCGCAGCUCGUCUGGGGAAUCUUCUGGAACAAAUGGUGCUGGAGGAGAGGAGAUGGCGCGUCGUGUUUCACAUGAUGGAAAUAGCUGGGUCCCUGGAAAGAGACAUGCAGACGAAGAUGAUAGCAGCGAGUCAUGGCGUAAACACAAGAAGCACUUCUUUGUUCUCAGCAAUGCCGGAAAGCCUAUAUACUCCAGAUAUGGAGAUGAGCACAAGUUGGCUGGCUUCUCCGCAACACUACAGGCAAUCAUGUCGUUUGUAAUAACUAGCGGAGAUUGCCUGCAACUGGUGCGUGCUGGAAAUCAUCAGAUCGUUUUUCUAGUAAAAGGACCGCUGUACCUUGUAUCGAUUAAUUCCACGGAGGAGCCGUAUCAGGCUAUGAAACGUCAGUUAGAGCUCCUUCAUGGCCAGCUUUUUCUCAUCCUCACGAAAGCUGUGGAAAGAUGUUUCGCGAAGCAUGCCACCUUUGAUAUGAAGACCUUGUUGGGAGGAACGGACAUCGUGCUUUCGUCCUUGGUGCACUCAUUUAAUUGGAACUUUACUGUAUUCCUCCAUGCGUAUGCCUGCUUGCCACUGCCAUAUGCUGCGAGGCAGACCGCAGGAGCCGCAUUACAAGAUAUUGCAGAAUCCGGCGUGCUGUUUGCACUUCUGAUGUCGGGAUAUAAGGUCAUCAACAUGGUGGGACCUCGCAAGGCUUCUCUUCACCCGGACGACCUGUUCCUUCUUUCCAACUUUGUUUCGUCGUCGGAUUCAUUCCGAACAACAGAGUCCUUUUCUCCAGUAUGUCUGCCACACUAUAAUCCGAAUGCGUUUGUGUAUGCGUAUGUUCAGUACCUUACUGAGAGCGUUUAUCUUGUGCUGAUUUCAACAUCCUUGGAUAGCUUCUAUCAUUUGAAAGAUUGCAGAGCGCGAGCUGAGAUGAUAUUGAAGAAGUCUCGAGUUCUAGGCGAGAUGAGUCGUUCAGUGGAACGAGGGGGCUUACGUGUGAAAGAUCUGUCUUUAGACUCACAGAACGGAUUUACUGCGAGGAAGCCAGAUGUCGUUCGUGAGAAUACCAAGACGCUUUUGGGGGGUCCAGCAGGCCUUUGGCACUUUCUAUACAGGAGUACCUAUCUCGAUCAGUAUGUUGCUUCCGAGUUUACACCGCCGUUGCAUACAUACGCAGCCCAGAAAAAGUUGUUUAGAGCGUACCAACGCAUCCAUUUCUCUAUGCAUGACGAAAACGGGGGUCAUCACAAGAUGCAGUACAGGAGAGACGAGAACUAUGUGCUGAUGUACUGGAGAACGUCCGAUUUUGAGCUCUACGCGGCUUUUGAUCCCUUGGCAGAGAAGAGUGCGGCCAUCAGAGUUUCGAACCUCGUCUGUCAAUGGCUUCGAAAUCUAGAAAGUGAAGUGUUUUUGCUAGGUGCAACUUCAUUUAACUGGUGACAGUUUUUGCGAAUAAAACUUAACGAAAGGUUACCAUGCCAAGAGGUAUUCCCGAGACUGUUAUAUUGUUCAAAGAUCAAGGGAUUUGAGUAUUCAAAUCCACCAGCAGGACGACAAUGCAAAGAGCCUAUUUGGUCACUCGUUUCUAUUGCGUGUGCGAGCGUGUUAAGUACAAGAUUGAGAUUUGUGCUUUUGGCAACAUCGUUGCGGUUGGCCUUUUGCUACAGUGCUGGCUGCUGAAUUGAAGAUCUGGAUCCAAACCAUGAGCUCAACAGUUUCUAAAGCGUCGAAUUAAGGAAGGAGAGUCCGCUCUCCCGUCGUGACAUAGCAAAAAAUUUCUCGGUAUGGACAACUCAAGAUUGAAACCAAAAAGCUAACGUGAUCCUAUCUCUCUUUCACGGGAACCCGAGCUCUGGAGGAGACCGUCGGACUAAGUACCUCCCGGGCAACAUGUUGCCGACGGGAUUGGGACCCGACGGCACCUCGUGAAGCAUCCUCCGGAAUUCAGCAUCACUCAAAGCAGCAAUGGUCGAGGCAGGGGGUCCGGACGGAAAAUAGUGGAGACGAUGGUCAGCUGGGAACAGGAGAUCAGAAAAGGAAAAGCAGUGUGAGCAGCAUUGGAUCAAGCAGGUAGAGAAAGAAAGAGCUCGAUCAAGUACCUGGAGGAACCAGUCUUGCCGCUCCAAGCGUAGCAGCAGAGAAGAUGAUCACAAGGACAAGUAGGAGGCGCGCACGCAUUGCGGAUUGAUCCAUUGACGUUAAAAGCAAGGAUCUACGAUCUCACACGACGAUAAGAAUGCGAGAGACAGGACACCAGCUUGGAUCGCUCGAGCAAAGUUCUUCCGUUGGUAGUACAACUCCUCGGCCGCGAAUGGAGCUCAAGGCAACGGGAUCAAACGGGAAUUUAUACUGGACGAUCGAUCGGAACAAAACAAACUCGACGCUGCAAGGAUAUAUAGCGAGCAACAGUAUUUGAGAGGUCGACACUUUCAAUCCUCCUUCGUGCCUCGAAACAAGGCCGCGUCAGCCGUCGGAUGCGCUCCUCCAGUUCCUCCAGGGCGUCACAUCCGACGGCCCGCAAUGCCCGGGGCUUGGGUGCCUGCCAUGUGGCGGGCCGUGACUGCACGGACGGCAGUUUGACAAGUCGUCCGAGAGGGAACGUACGGAAGGAGGAACAUAGCCUUGUCGGAUUAAAAGAUGGAAUGUAUGGAGAGGAUUUGGGCGCUCCAAAUGCGAGGGACCUGUUUAGUAUUUUUCCAGCAUCAAAUCACCCAAACCCAACAUUACAAAGAAAGAAUAGACAAAGCUUUGGGAAUAUCAAACGUGUUCUUCCUUGUUU